GGAUUUGGAUCAGGUGGGGGUGGUUUCGGGGGAAUGGGAUGUGGUUAUGGAGCUGGCCUUGGUGGAGGUAUGGGGUUUGGUGAAGAUGCCGGCUUGCUCUCCACAAAUGAAAAGCUGACCAUGCAGAACCUUAAUGAUCGCCUGGCUUCUUACUUGGAUAAAGUGCGACACUUGGAAGAUGAAAAUACUCAACUUGAACACAUGAUCAGGGAGUGGUAUAAAAAUCACGGUCCCACUCUUUCCAGGGACUACAGCCAAUAUUACAGAACAAUUGAAGAACUGCAAAACCAGAUCGUUGGUGCAAAUGUGGACCUUAACAAGAUCCUUCUUGACAUCGACAACACCAGAAUGACUGUGGAUGACUUCAGACUGAAGUAUGAAACUGAAUAUACCCUCCACCAGAGCGUGGCAAGUGAUAUUAAUGGAUUACGUCCACUUUUGGAUCAACUGACUCUAGCCAGAUCUGACUUGGAGACAGAGUUUGAAUCCCUAAAAGAGGAGUUGAUCUAUCUUAAGAAGAACCAUGAAGAGGAAAUGAAAGGACUGCAAACACAAUCCGGUGGUGAUGUCAGUGUGGAGGUCAAUGCUACUCCUGGCACUAAUUUGAUGGAAAAAUUAAAUGAAAUGCGUUGUGAAUAUGAACGGCUUAUUGAGAACAACCGGAAAGAGGUGGAAAACUGGUAUGAAACCAAGAUGGAAGAAGUUAAUCAACAAGUCCACUCCAGUGGCCAGGAGAUACAAUCAAGCAACCAACAGAUCUCUGAGCUGAGACGUGAAUAUCAAAGCCUGGAAAUUGAGCUGCAGUCGCAAAUCAGCAUGAUCGACUCUUUGCAAUCCAACUUGGAAGACACAGAACGUCGCUAUAACAUGCAACUGCAGCAGAUCCAGGCUAUGAUCGGCCCCUUGGAGGAGGAGCUGGCCAGCAUCCGCUGUGAGAUGGAGAGCCAGAAUGAAGAGUACAAGAUGCUCCUGGGCAUCAAGACCCGCCUGGAACAGGAGAUUGCUCAGUACCGGGCACUGCUCGAGGAAGGACAGCAAGACCUCGUAUUUGCAAAGCAGAUUCUGUACCGGAAUGAGGCUAAUUCAGCUAUCCUGACCAAUCGCCUCCCAGAAUCCCAGCAGGAGGCAUGGGAGGAGGCAUGGGAGGAGGCAUGGGAGGAGGCAUGGGAGGAGGCAUGGGAGGUGGUAGAACAGGAGGUGGUGGCUAUUCUUCUGGAGGAGGAAGAGGAGGAGGUGGUAGCAUGA